AUGGCACCCGGCAUUAGCGACACAAUCAAAAAGGAUCACCGGGAAAUUGAAUCCUAUUUUAACAAGAUCAUUACCUCCACAGACAAGGAUGAGCAGACACGCUUCCAGAAUCAGUUCACCUGGGAACUAGCUCGACACUCUAUUGGAGAAGAGCUCGUUGUUUAUCCUCUUUUCGAGAAGCUUCUCCCCGGUGGCAUCGAAAUGGCUAACAAGGACCGUAACGAGCAUUUGACAGUUAAAAAGCAACUAAAGGCGUUCCAGAAUAUGGGAGCUUCGGAUACGCAGUUUAUUCCUACUAUUAAGGAGCUUAUGGAUAAUCUUUCCGAGCACAUCAAAGAGGAGGAGACGCACGAUUUGCCUAAGCUAGAAGAGGCCUUAUCGCAAGAGGAGAGUGAGGCCUAUGCUAAGAGCUUUGGCCGAACGAAGAUGUUCGUCCCUUCGCGUUCUCACCCUAGUGCACCGGAUAAGCCACCAUAUGAGACAGCUGUGGGGCUUCUAACGGCGCCAAUUGAUCAUCUCGCCGACCUGUUCCUAUGA